GGCCUCCGGGGAAAGUAUACCUGGCCAGGCCUGCAGCAAGCUGGUGUCACUCAACCCCACAGUCAAUAAUAAUAAUGUUGUGUUGCUGUGAGUUUUCGGGACUGUCUGGCCGUGCCCCAGCAGCAUUCUCUCCUGGCGUUUCGCCUGCCCCUGUGGUUGGCACUCUCAGAGGUGAAGGAUGGUGUAAGGACUUAUUAGACAGAAGCCUGUCAUAGCCUUCACUUUCCUCAUGGAAGAGGCUCCCAGGCCCACGUUCCAGGAUGAGCUGGGAUGGUGCAUCGCGCGGCUGGAGACGGGGCUUCUGCGCCUCAACCCGACCCCAAAACAAGCAGAGGAGACGCAGCGGGUGCUGAAGGUGCUGCGCUCACGGAAGGCUCCGGUCGUGAAAAAGCGGCAGGCGAUGCGUCACGCUUUGGGGGACUAUCGGGUCCGGAUGGAAGAGGAGGUGAAAAGCGCCGCCAGAGCAGCCACGAAACCCGAGAUCUCACGAGCACAACCAGGAGGCAAUUUGGGAAGCGAGUUAGAGAGGGAGCAGCCCAGCCCGCCCGCUGCGGUGUCCGCAUCCUGGUUCACACCAUCGGACAAUAGCUUCCAGUUUGGCUUUGACCCUUCCGGAAAAAACUCUGGAGAAGUCGGCGGAGCUGCGGCAGGCGUGUGUGGUGGGGACGGUGCCCGAGAGCAGCCCGUGGGUCACAAUCCCUCUGCCACGUUGGGCUUUUCCGCCGGAAGUCUCGGCUCUGGAUUUGCUUUCCACUUUGCGAUCCCACCUCCGUCGGCUGCUGCUGAUCCAGGCUCCGGGGCUGACACGACGGAGGCCGAUGCCCCAACCGACGCAGAAUCGCAGAAUCAGAAACCCACGCUUCCCGAACCUGCUCGACCGGACAGAUUAGACGCGAAGGAUGAGGAAGCGAGAAGAGACGGGGAGCGUCCUGCGCAAGAGGGUCCGACGUCGGAGGCGUCUCAAGCAGCAGCAGCAGAAACCAAAGCAGACUUGACUGUGCCGGCUUCUGGGAAGAGAAAGAAGAAGAAGAAGAAGAAAAAGAAAGAUUUGCCCUUUGCGGGAGCGCACCGUGACAGCCCUGAUGACGGGGCCACAUCCCACGGGAAAGGCACGUCUGAGCAUCCCGACAACUCUCAGGCCGAUGAGCAGGUGAAGAGGGAAGUGGACUGGUGCGUAGAACAACUGGAGCUGGGCUUGAAGACCCAAAAAUCAACUCCCAAGCAGAUGGACGAGGCCUUCCGAGCGAUGAGGGUCCUGCGCAGCGAGAAGGCCGCUCUGGCCAAGAAACGCCAGCUGAUGAAGACCAUGUUUGGGGAUUACAGGGCACAAAUGGCAGAGGAAAGGCGGAAGCAGCUGAAGCUCAUGCAGGCAGCAUCAAAAGCUGCUCAUAUUGCAGAAGUGGCCGAAGAUACGUGCAAGAACCGGGGUCAAGUUUUCUGGAAAUCUGCAGAAAGGCUGAGAAGCGAGAGGAGCCCCGGGGAAUCGUCGCUCCGCCCUGCGGCCUGCUCCGCUUUUGGUGGCACGUCCUCUUUCAAGUUUGCCUCUUCACAAGGAGAAUUCUGCUUUAAUUUUUUCUAAGACACUUUUAGAUUGAGCUCGCGCAAGUUCAGAAAACAAUACCAAAUGGCUUUUUUUGUUUUAAAGGAAAACAAGAAACCAAAACUUUUGUUGCCAAGCAGUUUGCAGAAUACAAGGGUUGUGCAUAAAGCAAAAACCUCAAUAAAGUGACGGAGGCCCCUUUUGAA